AUGGACAGGCUCAAACCCCUGGCCUCCAACCCCGAGUGGGUGGAUCGCUUCAUUCCAGAUUUGCUGGGCGGUCACUCCCCUUGCUCUCACCUCUCUCAACGUUCUUCUCGCUUCUCUUUCUCCCCCUGCCGUCCCCUUUCUCCCGUUUUCUCCCCUGACUUGCCCCAUUCCCCUCACCCGCUGGGUCCCGCUGCGGCAUGUGGCCACGGGGACUGUUGCCCGUGGUCGACGGAGCUCCUGAGAGGAGGCCUCAGUUGGAUGGGCUCCGUCGCAGAGCUCUGCCAGGGGGCUGCCCUGCAUGCCGGGGAGCUGCUGACAGCCGAGUGUUGCUCCGUCUCCCUGGUAAAGAAAGACCGUGGUGGAGGGAGCACCUUGGAGGAGGUGGUAGCUCCGACGUCGCCGGGUCACUUGAGCGAGGUCAACCUCUGCAGCCAUGCACACCUGGGGCUGGUGAAGGGUACCAUGGGAUGUGUGCUGGCUACGGGGUUACCAGUGAACCUGAGGGACGCAUCAGAGGACCCCAGAUUCAUGUUAGAUGAUGGUGAAACGUCACAAAUCAGGACAGUUUUGAGUGUUCCCAUCAAGAACCACGGUGGAGAGGUGGUAGGUGUAGUUGUAAUGAUUAACAAGAGAAAUGACGGCGAUGGAUCAGUUCCUGUUUUUACCGACAUGGAUGAAAAGGUGCUGUCAAAUCAUAUGGAUGUGUUGGGGAUGCUCCUGGAUAAUGUCCAGCUGUAUGAAAGCUCAAGACAGGAGGCCAAACGAAGUCAGGCCUUGAUAGAGAUGGCACAGGUAUUGUCAAAGGAGCACCAUUCCUUUGAAGUUCUGCUGACUAAGAUGGCUGCCACCAUCAUGCCCUUCACGUGCGCUCAGUUCUGCACCAUCUUCAUCCCCAGCAAGAAAACAUCAGUUGCUGAAGAUCAGGGUUCAUUCUCUAGGGUGAUCCACAUGGAGUGCGAGGAGCUCGGAUCAAGCUGCCAGAUCUACAGAAGGGAGCGUGACCUAAGCAACAUAGACCCAACACAUGCCUUCCGAACUCUGGUUUCCAUGGAAACACUCAAUAUGUCGGAGAGUUCUGAGGAAUCAACGCAGAGUGUGAUCUGCUGCCCUGUCAGAAAUGAGAGGUCUGAAAACGUCAUUGCGGUGUGCCAGCUGACGAACAAGAGGAGCAGAGACUCGGACGAGGUGGAAGCCUUUAACAGAUAUGAUGAGCGCCUGCUAGAGGACCUGGCGGUGUACUGCGGCCUGGCCCUGCAGUAUGUUCAGGCUGUGCAGAUCACCGAGGAGCGGAGGGCCAGUAUAGAGGUCACACAGGAGGUUCUUGCCUACCACAUCACGGCGGCAGAGCAGGAGAUCCAAGCCCUGCAGGAGACCACGAUUCCUCCUGUUGAAUCACUGCAACUCCUAGACUUCCAUUUCUCUGAUUUUGGUCUGCCUGAAGACCUGACCUCCCAGGCCACCAUUCGCAUGUUCCUGGACCUCAACUUGGUGCAGGAGUUUAACAUUGAUUACAAGAGUCUCUGCCAGUGGGUCCUGACUGUGAGACGUGGUUACAGGAACAACGUGCCUUAUCACAACUGGAACCACGCGCUGAGCACUGCUCAAAGCAUGUUCGCUAUGCUCAUGGCCACGGACCAACUCCAGACUAUUUUUUCCCGUCUGGAGAUCUUAGCACUGAUGAUAGCAACUCUGAGUCACGAUCUCGACCACAGAGGAGUCAGUAACUCUUACAUUGAAAGGAGCCAACAGCCUUUGGCUCAGCUGUACGGACACUCGUCUCUUGAAAACCACCACUACAACCUGUGCCUCUUCAUCCUAAACAACACAGGGAGUCAGAUUCUCAGCGGUCUCUCUGCAGAAGACCACAAAGCCGUCCUACACAUGGUCAAAAGGGCAAUCCUCGCAACCGACCUGACCGUCUACAUGGAGAGAAGGAAAGAGUUCUUUUCUCUCGCUAAGAAAAGCAGAGUGAGCUGGAAGAGUGAGAAACAAAGAGAUUUACUGAGGUCGAUGUUGAUGACAGCCAGUGACCUCUCUGCCAUCACGAAGCCUUGGCCUGAACAAAAAAGAAUUGCCAACCUGGUUACCAUGGAGUUCUUUGCACAAGGGGACAAAGAGAAAAAGGAGUUCAAAAUCAAGCCCAUUGACAUAAUGAACAGGGAGAAAAGCACCCGACUGCCAUACAUGCAAGUCGAGUACAUCAAUGACAUCUGCUAUCCGCUCUACAAGGCUGUAGCGAGACUAUUUGACACCUGCUACCCACUGCUGAGUGGCUGUAAGAAGAACAGAGAAAACUGGAUGCAUUUUGCUGAAACUGCAAAGGGAGAGGACUGUGAAAAUAGUAGUUGUGUGACCCUGGAAACAUAUAAGGACAAGGAGGAAGAGACGCAGGCAGAGGAAUAG